AUGUUCAGAACGGUGCAAACGAAUGAAGUUAAAGAAGUAUCUGUGGGUGUAUUUCAGGUUCAAGUUCCUCAGGUGAACCGUAGCGGCUUCAGUAAUGGGCCGUCGGUGAAUCAUCCCGAAGAAUAUGAUGAGUUCUCAGAUCCGACGCUUUUCUUCGAGCGCAAUCGUAUCAAGCAGUUGCAAGAUGAACGUGUUCACAUCCAGAAGAAGACAUUCACAAAAUGGUGUAACUCAUUUCUUGGAAGGGCUCGAAUGGAGAUAAACGAUUUGUUCAUCGACCUUGGUGAUGGUGUGAUUUUGAUGAAGUUGUUGGAGAUAAUAUCUGGAGAUAAGUUGGGAAAAGCAAACCGCGGACGAAUGCGUGUGCAAAAAAUCGAGAAUUUGAAUAAAUCACUGGAUUAUCUGAAAUUCAAACGUAUUCAGUUGGAGAAUAUUGGAGCAGAGGAUAUAUUGGAUCGUAAUGAACGUCUUAUAUUGGGUCUCAUUUGGACGAUUAUUCUACGUUUCCAGAUUGAUACAAUCUCAAUUCCGAUGGACGAAGAAACAGGUGAAAAGAAGCACGCAAAGGAUGCAUUGUUAUUAUGGUGCCAAAGAAAGACUGCUGGCUAUCCAAAUGUUAAAAUCGAAAAUUUCACAACGUCAUGGCGUAAUGGACUUGCGUUCAAUGCUCUUAUUCAUGCUCAUAGGCCAGAUUUGAUAAAUUACGAUAGCUUAUCACCGCAAGAUCCAAUCGGAAAUCUGAACAAUGCAUUCGAUAUUGCCGAGAAGAAGUUGGACAUCGCACGCUUAUUGGACGCAGAAGAUGUGAACGUUUCACAUCCGGACGAAAAGUCCAUUAUCACAUACGUUUCGCUAUAUUACCAUCACUUCGCGAAGCAAAAGACCGAAAUGACCGGUGCAAGGCGAGUGGCGAAGAUAGUCGGAAAUCUGAUGCAAACAGAUCAUUUGGAAGAAGAUUUCGAAACACUUUUCUCGGAUCUUCUUAAAUGGAUUCAAGACACUAUCGUCAAGCUAGAGGCAAGGCGUUUUCCGAACUCGUUAAAGGGUAUACAAGACGAACUAGUGCGUUUCAAGGCGUAUCGCACGGUUGAGAAACCACCAAGGUAUAAAGAAAAAGGUGAACUGGAAGCACUUUUCUUCUCAAUCCAAACGAAAAGAAAGGCAAUGAGGCGAAAGCCUGUUGUUGACUUAUGUCGUCAAAGAAGAGCGGCACUGAAUCGUGCACGCGACUUGUUCCGCUUCAUUCAAGAUUACGAAGAAGAGAUGAGUUGGUUGACAGAAAAGGAUGAUUUAUGCCGAUCGGUUCUGGCCAAUCGCGACCUCUCGGCAACACCGCAACUCAGUCGACUUUUCAAACAUUUGGAAACGGAAAUGGAUGCACACUGGCAGACCACAAAGCGAGUGAUGGGCGCCGGUGAGCGUUUGAUAGCGAACGGGCAAAGUAAAGACGAUAUUCAACGCAGAAUUCAAACUCUUCAAAGCAAAUGGGAGCAAUUGCGUAAGUCUGCCGAAGCAGUGCGUCGUUGGUUGAAAGAAGCCGAACAAGCGCAUCAGUAUUUGCAAGAUGCGAAUGAGGCUGAGAGUUGGAUUCGUGAGAAGAUGCCGUUGGUGAAGAGCGAUGAUUACGGGAGAGAUGAACAAGCUUCCGAGAGCCUUUUGUUGAGACACGCAAGACUGGAAGAAGAAAUCCAGGCAUAUCGCUCAGAUAUCGUGCGACUUGAGGAAAUGGCCGCGGAGUUGGCGAAUACGGAGUUUAUAGCCGGUGCUGUUGUGCACGUGGAGGAACGAUUGGAAGAGUUGAUGGUACCUCAAGUGCGAAUGUUAUAUCCGUUUUCGAGUGACAAUAUUUCGGUGAAGAAAGACGAGGUAUGUAUCGCUCUUCAACGCGUUGUUUCUCCAGAAGUGAACACAAUUUUGGCUCUUAUCGAACGAACCAAUGAAGAUUGGUGGCGCGUUUUGAAGCAAGAUGGUAAGGAGGGGUACGUUCCAGUGAAUUAUUGUGCGGUGGUUGAAGGUGAGACGGUAACCGUAUCACAAACGACCACAAUUAAGACACCAACAAAAGAGCCACAGGAGUCGAAGAAUGCGAUCAUGCAAAGGCAGGAAAAGAUCAGUGGAGAUUAUCGUAAACUGAAUAAUCUUGCACAGGUACGAAGACGUUUACUAAGCGAUAUGAUCAAGCUGUAUCGCUUCCUUCGUGAAUGUGAUCAGUUUGAAGCUUGGGCGAACGACACCGAGAAUUUGCUCAAAGAGUGUGGAACACCGGACGAUGUUGAAGCAUUCCGAAUGAAAUUUGACAAAUUAAACAACGAAAUCAAUACAAGUGGUAAGACACAAGUGAAGAGAAUCAACGAUAUGGCCAACGAACUGACGAACGAGGGACACAGUCACAGUGACGAGAUUCGUAGACGAUGUGAUGAUGUUAACAAACUGUGGGCGCGGAUUCUGAAUCUGAGCAAAUCACAGCUGGCUAGUUUGGAGAAAGCCGAACGCAUUUUUGCGUUCAACGAAACGUGCAGAGAUGCGCAAUCGUGGAUGGAUGAUAAGUUCAACUUGUUGAAUCAGGAAGUUGAUCCAAACGAUCCGAAAGCAAUGGCCGCAUUGCAUAAGAGAUAUCAAAAUCUUGGCAAAGAUCUGAAACCACUCGAAGAGAAGAUUCGCUUCUUGAGAGAACUAGCCGAUAAGGUCAAGAAAGAGCAUCCUGAAGAGGCGGCUAAGAUCGAAAAAAUGAUCGAUCAGUUGGUCGCGUUGCAUGACGAUCUGAAGCGGAAGGCGGCAGCACGAAACGAAGAAGCCGAACAGUCGCAAGGCCACCAGAUGUUCGACAGUGCUGUGAAGAAUCUACGAGCAUGGAUUGAUAAGACCAAGCAAACGCUGAUGGAUCAUACUCGUCCAGUGGAUAUUGCUGAAGCUGAGGAUUUGUUGAAGAAACAUUUGGAGCUAAAAGAAGAUAUCGAUUCGAAGAAAUACGAAUUCGAAUAUGUCCGUGAUCUCGGCAAUCGCCUGUUGCAGAAGAAUGCUUCAUUGAAGGACGUGCGUGAUACAUUGAAAUCACUCGAUGCCGAACAACGAAAUUUGUUGGCCAUGUGGGCUGAUAAAGAGCAUCGUCUGAGGGAGAUGCUCGACUUGCAGUUACUGAACACAGAAGCCGAACGCAUUGAUGCCGCAACAAAAGGGCAUGAGGCAUUCCUUGAAAUCACCAACCUUGGAGAUUCAGUUGAAUCGGUGGAGAAUCUGCUGAAACGACAUGGCGAUUUUGAGGCAAAGCUACGAGCACAGGAGGAUCGAUUGAGAGCUUUUGCAAAGAAUGCUGAUCAAAUGAUUCAAGCGGGUCACAGUGAAUCGGCAUACAUUCAGCAGAGGAAGGAUGGCGUUUUGGCACGACGAGCAGCUGUGCAUCGUGCAGCGGCUAAACGCCGUGCACAAUUGGAUGCUUCACUGGUCUAUCAGAAUCUGCGUCGAAACAUUCAAGAACUGUCGCAAUGGAUCGCAGACAAAAAGAAGAUCGCAAGCGAUGAUCCGCAUAAGGAUGCAGCCUCGUUGGCCUCACAACUGCUCAAACAUUCAGCGUUCGAAGCUGAGUUGAAAGCGAAUGCGGCACGUUUGCAACAAGUCAAUAAGGAUGGUAAUGCAUUGAUCGCUCAACAACAUUAUGAAUCUCCAUCAAUCAAACGCUUGCUGGAUGGUGUGAAUCGGGAAUGGGCUGAGCUAUGCGACAUAGCCGCAGCGAGAGGUGAUCGCCUGAGGCAGGCGAAUGCACAGAAGGGAUUGAAUCGUCUCAUUGACGAUGCACACCUGAAACUUGACGAUAUCGAAAACGCCUUGCAGUCGAAAGAUCUUGGAUCAGAUUUACGUGGUGUUAAAGACUUGUUGCAAAAACACAGUUUGAUAGAGAAGGAUAUGAGUGUUUUUGAUAAGCGUAUCAAAGAGCUUGCUCAGAAGGGUGCUUUGAUGGCAAAGGAUGGUCAUUUUGAUGCAUCUGCGAUUAAGUCCGACAUCAAAAAGCUUGCUGAUAGUGAAGUUCGGAAUUUUAUGGUGUUACCUUUCAGCGUUCGUAAGAUGAUCGAUAAAAUUGCUUCGUUUAGAUUCGAAUCGCUCAAGGAACCAGCACGAUUACGUCGUGCCGCAUUGGAGGAAAGUCAAAAAUGGCAUCAGCUAUCGUUUGACGUCGACUGUGAAAUGCAGUGGAUUGCGGAAAAGAUACCAAUCGCAGCAUCUGAAAAUUCAGGGCGAUCGUUGACUGAGGCGACAAAUAUGCAGAAGAAACACGAACAACUAGAGACGGAAGUUAGCUCAAGAUUACCGCAUAUCAAUGCAACGCUGCAACGUGGUGAAGAGUUAAUCAAGGCCAGACAUUACGCACGAGAUCAAAUUAAAGCCAAAUGCGAACAGUUGGCCGGAGCGUGGGCUCAUUUGGGUAAUUUAGUUCGCAAACGAAGAAUACUUUUGGAGUGGGCACUGAAAGAGGAACAGUACUUGUUCGAUGCAGCUGAGGUUGAAUCGUGGAUGAGCGAAAAACGCGUAGCACUGACGUCGAAUGAUUACGGCCAAGACGAAGACGCAGCACAGAAGCUGCUUGCAAGACACAAGGCGUUGCAAGCCGAUAUGAGCACUUAUAGACAGUGGUUGGAGAAAUUAGCAGUGAAAUGUGCUGAACUAAAGAAUUCGGUUCGUUCGGGUGGCGAACGUUUCGAGAAACGUCAGGCUGAGCUAACGAAUGAGUUCGAUGAACUGUGGAGAAUCGCCGAAGAACGUCGAAAACAGCUCGAGAACGCAGUUCAUUUGUAUCAGUACAUGAGGGAAAGUCACGAUUUGGAAGUGUGGAUCAACGACCAAUUGCAGAUAGCGAUGAGCGAAGAUUAUGGACAAGAUUAUGAGCAUCUGAAGGAAUUGCAAAGUCGUUUCGAGGAUUUCAAACAAAGUGUUAAGACCGGAAGUGAGCGUUUCGUGCAUUGCGAGAAUGCAGCCAGUUCGCUGCUGAAACGAAAUCCGCCAUUUGCACGAGACGUGCUGAAGAGACAAGAGAACCUGAGGUCUGUAUGGACACUUCUACUUGACUACAUCGAAAGUCGUGAUCAGAAGCUGGAAGCUGCAGAGGAGUUGCAUCGUUUCAAUCGUGAUGUGGCUGAGAGUCAAGACCGUAUCGCCGAGAAGCACGCCUCGAUUCCAAGUGAACUCGGUAAAGACAUCAAACAAGUGCAUUCGUUGUGGUUGAAGCAUGAAGCGUUCGAAAACCAGCUUUCGGCUAUGGAAAAGCAAUUGCAGGAAUUAUUGGAAGAAAGUGCGCGCUUAAAGGCGGCUUAUCCGGGUGGCAAUGCCGAGCAUAUAACGGCACAGCAGACAGCAUUGGCCGAAGCAUGGCAGGAUUUGCAGGAUGCGACUGUUUAUCGACGGGAUAUGCUGAAAGCAGCAUACGAUUUGCAGAGAUUCUACGUUAAUGUUGGUGGUACGGUUGACGAAGUGGAGAAUCAAAUCAAAAAACUUGACACCUUCCAAAAGGCAUUGUGCACAAUCGAUGAACGAGUUGCGUCCAUACAAAAAACUGGUAAACAACUGAUCAGCGCAGGACAUAUGGAGGCUGCGAAAAUCGAACAGUGGAUGAAACAGGUUGAACGUGCACUCGAACAACUUCGUUCAGAGGUUUCACAAAGGCGAUUAUUACUGGCUGAUGAACUGAAAUUGGCACGUUUCAAUAGCGAUAUGGCUGAAAUGGACAACUGGAUCGAUGAGAAACAGAAACGAAUUCGUUUAGAAACGGAUAGGCAAGCAAAACUGACGAGUAUUGAAGAUAAAAUGAAACGUCUUCAGAAACAUCAGGCAAUGGAAGCUGAGCUGAAAACAAAUGCACCCAGAAUCGAACAAAUUCGACAGCAAGCAAAAGAAAUCGCCUUAAAACGUGUCAGCGAUAGUGACGAUAUCAUGGCAAGUGUGUUGUUUAGGUCAAAUGCGUUACUAAAGAAAUGGAACGAGCUGGUAGCCAUGUCACAGGAACAGAGUAAUGCUCUAGAAGAGGCGCGAGAUUUGUUGAAUUUCAAUCAGCUUGUCGAACGGGUUCUUCAGUGGAUUAAGGAGAAGGAGCUUAUGGUGACAGCAGCGGAUAUGGGUCGUGAUAUGGAGCAUUGUCAGUUGUUAUUGGAGAAACUGGACGGCACUAAAUCGGAUGCAAGUGUUGACGAAUCAUCAGUUGAGGCUGCCAAUCAACUAGGUGCUAAACUGAUCGCACAGAGACGUUCAUCGCAGAGCGCUGUGCAACAACAACUUCUCGAAAUGAACAACGCGUGGAAAGCACUUCAAGGGAAGUUAGCAGCGUAUCGCUCGCAGUUACACGCAGCACUGGAAGUGCAUGCAUUCAACCGUGAUGUGGACGAUACCUGUGAUCGUAUUCAAGAGAAAGUUCCACUGGUAUCAAUCGAUGAUUUGGGCAAAGACUUGGCUACAGUUGAAACGUUGAUUCGAAAACAAGAGGCGGUCGAAAGAGACAUGGGAGUGAUUCGUGAGAAACUUAAGGAGCAUGACGAUGAAGCGCAGAAAUUACUCAGCAAAAAUCCUCCGCUGCGGGAGUCGAUUUUCGAUUCGCUGAGAAAACUGGAGAUAUCAUGGCACAAACUUGCCGAUGUCGCACUCACCAGAGGUAACCGUCUGAUGGCUGCGGCUGAAUUGCAUCGUUUCUUCGACGCCGUACGAAAGGCUGAAGCGUGGGCUGUUGAUACGAUCAAUCGACUUGGCACUCAGGACACACCACAAUCGGCUGCUCAAGCGGAAGCGUUGAUUGCAAAACAUACUGAGAAAUUGGCCGAAAUUGACGGAAGACAACGAGAAAUGUCAGAACUACGUGAAUGGGGCGCAAAGUUGUCAGUUGAUCAACCGGACCAUAAAGGUGAAAUUCAGAGGGCGUUGAAACGUCUUCAAAAUCUGCAACAUCAACUGAGACAAGCUUGGGAGGCGAAGAAUCAGGCACUCGGUCGUGGACGUAAUCAUCAACUCUUCAACGAUCAAGCAGCUCGAGUCGAAGAAUGGCUUGUCGCCAAGGAGGCCUUCAUUAACCAGGCGGAUAUGGGCGAAAGUGUGGAUGCGGUCGAUUCUCUUCUCAAGAAACACGUUGACUUCCAGAAAACGCUGAUUGCUCAGAGUGAUAAGAUUGAUUCGUUGCGAAAGGCAGCCAACGAAUUGAUUGAGAAGGAUCCCGAUAAUCGAGCUGAUAUUGAGCAGCGGCGUGACAGUGUUCUGACUCGUCACAGUGCUCUAAUGGAGGCUUGCAAAAGACGUCAUUCACUGCUCACUGAGAAUCGUCAUUUGCAUGAAUUUAUUGACAGUUGCGGCGAACUGAUGACUUGGAUCAGUGCGAAAAUUCAAUUGGCCUACGACGAGAGCUUCCUUGAUCAGACGAAUCUGAGAUCAAAACUUCAAAAGCAUUUGGAAUUCGAAGCAGAGCUGGACGCUAACGAAGAUCGUGUCAAAUCAACAAUCGCAACGGGCCAAAAAUUGAUUCAAGAGAAACACUACGCUUCAGAUAGUAUAGCCCGACAAAUUGAUGAAGUAAAUGGCGGCUGGCAGGAACUCCGAGGGAAGUCAGCAUUGAAGAAACGUCGUUUGUGUGAAGCAAACGAAGCAUAUCAACUAAGUCGUCGUAUCGAGGACUUGGAUAGAUGGUUGGAGCGAGUUGAGAACGAUUUGACGAACGAGGAUCACGGCAUAGAUUACAUUUCGGUUCAAGCACUCAUCAAGAAACAGGACGACCUUGAUGCCGAGAUUGCAUCACGAGCUGACAGUGUUCGAGAGUGCAUCAAUAAAGCGAAAGAAUUCCAGAAUCAGGGUUAUGCAAAUGCAGAAGAAUCACUGGAAAUGGCCGAGGCAGUAGAGCAGCGUUACAAGGGUUUGAAAGAACCUUGUCAGAUUCGUCGUGAUAAUCUUCGCGAGGCGCUCGCCUUCUACGAAUGGGUGUCUGAAGCCGAAGAACAAGUGGAAUGGAUUGGUGAUAAACUGCGUCAAGCGCAUAGCACUGACUAUGGUGAUACGUUGCACUCCGUUCAGUCGCUCACCAAAAAGCAUGCUCUGCUUGAGGAGGAAGUGAAUGGACGUCAAGUUCGUUGUGCCAUCUUUUUCAGCAAGCGCAUACAUUAUUCAUUCAUGAGCUUGAGCACAGAAAAUUUACAUAGAGAAUCUGAUAGUUUUGGUAUCACGAGCAGUGAUGACUGUACCGCACUCAUCCGUACAUUUCAGUAUUAUGCGGAAGCGAAUGAAGCCGAGCAGUGGAUGCGUGAACGACUACCGUUGGUGACGAAUCAUGAUACGGGUAAAGAUCAAGCCGCCGCCGAGAGUCAUUUGAGACGCUUGACAACUCUUGAGAAUGACGUCGAUAAGUUCAUCGCCGAAAUUCAACGACUCCGAAAAGCAACCGAAGAUAUGCUGGCCAGAGAGCAUUUCGAUGCCACCAAUGUUAGUCGAUUGUGUGUUCGCGAGAAUGUGAUUAGUGUGAAUGUGUUUGCUACGAUUCAAAAUUUGCUUAACACGAAGCACUGCUGCCAUAUAAGAGUGUUGUCAAGAUUGCUGACGGCAAAGCAAAUCAAGCUGGAAAACCUGUAUAAGGAGUUGAAAAAUGAGUGUUCACGGCGUAGAACACAACUGGUGGAUGCGAGUCGCUAUCAUGCGUUCGUUCGACAAACCGACGAUUUGUCUCGUUGGUUGGGCGAGAAAUUGGAAGUGACAAAGCAAGAGAAUUAUGGUCGCGAUCUGGAAGACUGUCAGAAGUUGGUGGCUGAAUUCGAUCAAGUGAUGAGAGAAUUGACGUCGGCCGGUGAACGAGUGGCUGCAGUUCAGAGGAUGCAAGUGCAUAAGUUCGAUCGUGAUGCAGAUGAGACACUGGGUUGGCUAGAAGAGAAAGAGGCUCAUCAGGUGGCAAUUGAAAGUGAGGAUAUCUCAAGUGCAGACUUGCCUGCAUUGAAGCAAUUCAUGGUGAAACACGAUGAAUUCAUGCACGGAGUUAAUGCGGUCGAGAAACAGGUGGGUGAUUUAUGCCGAGAAGCCGAGCGACUGAUCUCAACGUAUCCGAAUACAAAGGAACAUGUCGAAGUGAGACGUAUGGAGAUGGAAGAGCAAUUGAAAGAUGUUUUGAACGCAUCGAAAACGCAUCUGGAACGUUUACAGCAAAUGCAAAAUCUUCAGUCAUACUUCCAAGAGCAUCGUGAUCUUAUCGCAUGGAUUCGCCGACUUCAACACACUAUUACCAGUGAAACGCUUCCGAACAAUGUAGAGGGUUGUGAAGCUUUGACGGGACGCCAUAACGAAUAUCAGUAUGAAAUCAACGCUCGACGACCAGCCGUCGAGGAAUUCUUACGUAAAGGCAAAAGUAUGAUCGCCUCACAGCACGUGCUCUCGCAGGAAAUUUCAGCUAAGGUGAACCAACUGGCUUCUGCGUUCGAUUUGCUUUGUGAUAUAUGGAAAGAGCGAUUAUCGCUUUAUGAGGAAAAUAUGGAUGUGCAAAAGUGGAAGCGAGAUGCGAACGUGUUGGAUUCGUGGUUGAACGAGAAGGAAGAGAUUCUGAAGGAGGACUGGCGAAAAGUGAGCAGUGUUGAUGAUGCUGACGAUAAAAUCCGCAAUUUCGACGACUUUUUGGUAACGUUGGACGCUCAAGGUGAGAAAUUCGAGGCGCUCAAGCGAUUGACACUCAUCGAAAGGGCUUAUUCCAAGCAACGAAAAACCGAAGUUGAAAGAAUUCGGGCCGAGGAAGAGAAGCACGAACCAAAGAAGGAAGCAAUCAAAACGUUCGAGAAACAGAACAAACUGCAAGAUCGACGAAAGGAGCGUGAAAGGAGGAUGACCCAAGAAGUGUCGCUGUUGAAACAGAGUCCAUCGUUCAGCGAAGAAUCGCCCCAUUACGCCUCACAAACGUUACCGCAUCCUCGUCGUGGCACUGAACCCGUGCCACGUUUGCGAUCACCUUCAUUUGAAUCUAAGAUGGUGAGNAAUGGUGUCACACCAGCAACAAAACCAAUAUCUGACAUAGCGUCAGUGCUUGACACGAAUCGUGCAUCGCAAGUAUCAGCAACGUUGAUACCUGGCGAUGAACUAACCCCGCAACCAAUGCAACGCAUCGGUUCAGCUCGUAAAACACCAACAUUCACGACAAGACGAUCGAAUUCAUUGAAUCGUAUCAAGUCAUGGCAGGAUUAUGGAUCUAUUGAUAUGCAUGGUCAUUUGGAUCGAAAACAAGACCUUCAGAGUGGUGGCAAGAAGGCAACAAUACGUACGUGGAAACGCUAUUAUACUAUCCUGUGCGGUCAGUUGUUGUGUUUCUUCAAGGACGAAGAGUCUUUCAUGGAGAAUUCGGCAGCAUCUGCACCAGUGAACAUCUUGAGUGCGGAGUGCAAUGCGUGCCCAGAGUAUGUGAAAAAGAAGAAUGCGUUCAGGUUGAAAAUACAAGACGGGUCAGAAUACUUGUUUGCAUGUAGCGACGAGAAGGUGAUGUUGGAAUGGGUUGCAAAAAUUCAGUUCCACGCAUCCUUAACUCCAGCACAACAAUUGCUUAGUUUCGAUAGGGGUGAGACACCGCCAUUGCAUGCACCUCCGCCACGACCAGGUGAGACCCCCCGCCGACACACCACUGAAGUACCAUCGCCUUCUAGUGGCACACCGACCUUUAAUUUGGGUUACGACGAACUCCCUUCAUAUUCCCCUGCAGACCUUCAAGCUACCACACUGUUCGUUCCCGAUAUAAAUUCGUUACCCCGUAAGAUGACUCCUCCACAAACGGUUACUUUGCAACAGUACGCCUCAUUGCCACGCAACACUAAAGGUUUCGUGCCGACCGUCUACCCACGUCAGUCCACUUUGACUGCGUGUGGAUCAUCGUCGUCAAUAUCAUCGGCACCUGUCGUCGUAAGAUCCACCCUAAGUGCACAACUGCAGCAGCCACAGUCUGCUGGUACUGCAGAUACACCACCUGUGCCCGCUCAACGUAGAUCAAAGAGUGUUUCAUCGAGACAAUCCGUCUACGAGUCCGUCUAUGACGAAGAACAGACUCAAGAAGCUGAGAACGUCAUUCACACGCAUCAACAACAGCAAGUUAUAGUUGGUAAUGCAACUGGCUCGAUGCUCGUCAAGGACACAUUAACAACAACAACUUCGCGUGAUGUAGAGCGUAAAGGAAGCAGUGCAAGCGCUGAGGGAAGUCAAAACGGUGACGCAAAUGGACAUCAUGGCUCAACAGACUCUGGAUCGUCUGGAAAACAGGCGAAAGGAGACGGAAGUGACUUUAUCGCUUGGGUUAAUUCUCAAUCAUCGAAUAACAGUACGAUUCAUUCACAACAACAGCAACAAUCUGAUGAAACAGAUUCUGUUAAAAAGAAGAGGGCAUUUUCGUUCUUCAAACGAGGUUCUAAACACGGUAAAGAGAGUAAGCAGUAA